CUCCUUUGGCCCCUGCCUGUCCAGAGAGGACUGCCUUCUGGGGAAAGCGGAGACUCCAGGACUCCUGAAAGCCCAGCUUCAGGCACACAUGGCAUUCAUGGAUGUGGCUGUGGAUUUCACCCAGGAGGAGUGGAGGCUGCUGAGCCCUGCCCAGAGGACCCUGUACAGGGAGGUGAUGUUGGAGAACUACAGUAAUCUGGUCUCGCUAGGAAUUCCAUUUUCUAAACCAAAACUCAUCACCCUGCUGGAACAAGAGAAAGUGACCUGGAGAGAGAAGAGAAAAUGUCCACUAGCCACCUGCCCGGCAGAACCAGAACCAGAACCAGAACUCUACCUUCAUCCUUUCUGCCCUGCUGAUAUCUCCAGUCAGAAGCUCCCCAUGCAGCAUGUGCCGUGUAACCAUCCCCCCUGGCUUUUCACGUGCCUGUGUGCGGAGAGUCAAGUCCAGCCAGGGGACCCAUGCCCAGGGUACCAGGAAAAGCAGCAGCAGGCCACUGGUGGAAUUUCCUGGAGUGACAAAGCAAAAGGCCAAAACAGCGACGAUGCCAAGCCUUUGUUGGGCAGGACAAAGAAAAGGACGCUAGGGGCGUUCUCCAGGCCACCGCCAAGGCCACCAGUCAGCUCCCGGAAUGGCCUCAGAGGGGUGGAGACAGAAGCCAGUGCAGCCCAGACAGGGAGCCCGCAGGAAACAGACAAAUUGCUGACGAAGAUAGAGGUCUUGGGAUUUGGAGCAGUCAACUGUGGAGAGUACGGCCCGAGCUUCAGCAAAAUGACAAACCUGCUCAGUCACCAGCGGAUCCACUCAGGGGAGAAGCCCUAUGUGUGUGGGGUCUGUGAGAAGGGCUUCAGUCUCAAGAAGAGCCUCGCCAGACACCAGAAGGCCCACUCUGGUGAGAAGCCCUACAUGUGCAGGGAGUGCGGGCGGGGCUUCAACUGGAAGUCCACGCUCAUCGUCCAUGAGCGAACACACUCGGGCGAGAAGCCCUAUGUGUGUAGUGAGUGCGGGCGUGGCUUCAGACAGAAGUCCAACCUCAUCAUACACCGGAGGACACACUCGGGGGAGAAGCCCUAUGUGUGCCGGGAGUGUGGCAAGGGCUUCAGCAUGAAGGCAUCUGUCAUUAAACACCAGAGGACACACUUGGAGGAGAAGACCAUCAUGUGCCGUGACUGUGGCCUGGGCUUCAGUGACAGGUCCAACCUCAUCUCCCACCAGAGGACACACUCGGGGGAGAAGCCCUAUGCUUGCAAGGAGUGUGGGCGGUGCUUCAGGCAGAGGACAACCCUCGUCAACCACCAGAGGACACACUCGAAGGAGAAGCCCUACGUGUGUGGAGUGUGUGGGCACAGCUUUAGCCAGAAUUCCACCCUCAAUUCCCACAGGCGGACACACACGGGGGAGAAGCAGUGUGUGUGCGGGGUAUGUGGGCGAGGUUUCAGCCGGAAGUCAUACCUCAAGACACAUCAGAACAUACACUCAGGGGAGAAGCCCAUCGUGUGCAAGGACUGUGGGCGUGGCUUCAGGCAGAAGUCCAACCUGUCUACACUCAUCAUCCACGAGCGGACACACUCAGGCGAGAAGCCCUACACCUGCAGUGAUUGCGGGCGUGGUUUCAGACAGAAGUCCCACCUCAUCUUCCACCAGAGGACACACUCGGGGGAGAAGCCCUAUGUGUGCCGGGAGUGUGGCAAGGGUUUCAGCCGGAAGUCGACUCAGGUCGGCCUCAUCCAGCACAAGAGGAAGCAUGCCAGGGAGUAGCCCUAUAUGAGCAGGCAGUGUGAACUCGGCUUUGGCAACAAGUCGGCCUUAAUCAUACACAUCCACUCCAAGGAGAAGCCUUGCGUGUGCCGAGAGUGCAGCUAAGGUUUUAUCCAAAAGUCUCACCUCGCCUUACAUCAGAUGUCACACAAGGGCAAGAAGCCCUGUGUAUGCAAGACAUGUGGACAGGGCUUUAGCCUGAAGUCUCAUCUUACCUGACACAGGAAGGUCAAGUCUGUCCACCACAGACCACCCUUCCCGACCGAUGCUGAGGCCUUUGUGGGGCAGUAUGCUCUACACCCUCUGAAAGUGCAGACGGUGGCAAGAGCUGACCAUCAGAAUUUUUACUGUUAUGAAGUGGAGAAGAAACAUACAUUCCUUAAUGGUCAAAGGACGUUUGACUUGUUUACUUUCUCCACUGUCUUCUCCAGGUUUUGUGGCCUUUUGUUCUAAUAAACUUUGCCUCUUACAAAUCUGUAA